AUGGCCGAUAAAACUUCCCUAUCAACACUGCCCUUAUCCACACAUAUAAAUGGGGACGGGAGAGAGAUAGAGCAAGCAGGGGUGGUCGGAGCUAGAGUUUGGUCUCAUUUUCAGCAAGGAGGAAGGUCAUUUGAUAAUGGUGGCGAUGUUAAAAAUUUGAAAUUAAAAAGAACAGGAGGAAGAGACAGUGGUAUAGAGAAAGAAUGUUUAAGGUGGAGAAGGAAAUGGGCGAAGAUGGAGGUUUGGGAUGACAACCAUCUUCAAGGCAUAGGAGAUGAAGAUGCAGACACUAGAAGAACCUCUAUCGGAAAAGCUUGCUCCGGCAAAGUCGACGCCAGUGAAGCCACGAUUCAAGCAGAAGAUUUGGUGGUGUCGAUGUGGGUUUGA